UGGAACUUUUUUUUUUUCAUAUUAACCACACACACAGUUUCCAUAUAUAUUUGCAUGAAAGGAGUCAGACAACAGCACACACAGUGUGGAUACAACCAGAGUGACACAAGACUUUUUACUUUAAAAGAAAAUAAAGAAAAACACUCAGGAUGGAAUUUGGAAACUUGACCCCCUGGCCAAGUGCUACUACUAAAUGAAACAUUAAAAAUGGGGGGACAAUCCAAGAAAAAAAAUUAUUUGCUCUGAUUACAGUCAUGGGGAGCCUGCCCUCAGUGUAACUCCACUGGUCAACAGGCUAGCACCAGAUUCUGGUAUGGUAUACAUCGGUGUACUGUAAUGCUCUGCUCAGGAGAAUGAGCCCAAAUAUUUGUUGUCUUUGUAAGCUAUUCAGAGAAGAUGAAAAUGGGAUCACUUCUAAAGUGUCAUUGGAGGAAGUGCUACAGUGGUCCCAAUCUUUUGAAAAGUUGAUGACUACUAAAUAUGGACCUGUAAUCUACAAGACCUACCUGAAGACAGAAUACAGUGAUGAGAACAUUGAAUUCUGGCUUGCAUGUGAAACUUACAAGAAGAUUGAAUCUCGGAGGAAAAGGAUUUCUGUGGCCAAGAGAAUGUUUAAAAAUUACAUUCAGCCCCAGGCGCCUAAAGAGAUUAACAUUGAUAGUCCUGCAAGGGAAGCUAUUAUCAGGAAUAUUCAAGAACCAACUCAAUCCUGUUUUGAUGAAGCUCAGAGAAUAGUUUACAUGCACAUGGAAAGGGAUUCAUAUCCCAGGUUUCUUGGAUCAGAAAUCUAUCAGAAACUCAAACACAGGCCUUCAGACUGACAGAAAUGACUCAAUACAUUAGAGAGAGAGACUAAGGAUUUAGCAGAAGAGACUUCCUUCUGGUUUAUUAAUGUUUUCAAAUGGUAAAAGAAGAACAGAAGAAAUCAGCCAAUGGAUGAAUUUUCCUUACAAAGAAUGGUAGUUUGUUCUUAUGCAGAUAUUAGAGCUGAACAUAAAAUACUUUCCACCCUCCACCCGCACCCGCCUGGUGGAAUAUUUCAGCUUUAUGUCAAAAAAUUGAAAGCCACUUUUAGUUCACCUCAGUCUGUCUGGAAUUUUAAAA